AUGGCCACCGAAGACGACGAGACCGGAGACCGCGAGAAUGCAGACCCCAACCGCUGCUCCACCGCCGACGCGCCUCUAUCGCCCGAGAACACAGAAGACAAAUCGGACCUGGACACCAAGAGCACACUAUCUAUUCAGUUACUUCAGUCAAAACCGGGGGAAAACAAGGAGCCUGGUUCACAUGAUAUCCAUUUUAACUCUGCAAACACGCCAGGAAACAGUGAAGAAAGGAACAAUACUGGAAAGAAAAGAGAUGUUUUCAGGCCUUCUGUGUUUGAUAGAAUAACUGGCCACCGUGACCAAUGGUUCAAUGAAGACACAAGACUGAAUUCAGAUUCCCAUCGAACUAAAUGGAGGGAAAUGGAAAAAGAACAUAGUAAUAUGAACAGAUUGGAACGGCACCGUGAUGACACCAAGCAGUAUCUUGAUAGCCACCUGAGUCCAAAAGAGCGCUGGGUAAGGUCACCUAGUUACGUGAGAAACUAUGACCAACGCCGUGAUAAUAACUGGAAUCUCGCUGGGGUCCCGGUAGUAAAGAUUCUGAAAAUUGGCGUGAAAGGUCAACAGAUUCAGAUAGAAAAGAUGAUGCUCCCUGUGAAGAAGUUUUUUCUCACAGUACAGGUCAUGGGAAAGAAAAAGAUGGUAGCAAUCAUGAGAAGGUUAAUGAAAGGGACAGUAAUAUUUCUCGAUCGUGGAACUCCAGCUAUUUUGCGAGCCGUGGUGCAGGAGGAGGAAAGUGAUAGCCCAAACUCUACAAGUUCUCACAGAAGGUUUACAUCUGUUACAAGCAGAGUCAAUAGUCGAUCUUCACGCCCAUUCCAUCUUGGUGUACUUUCUGACAGGCCUGGUGGUCCAUCUAGAAACUCUGUGAGAUAUAGCAGGAUAAAAUUGUUUGAAAUAUACAGAACAACUGAUGUUAGAAACUUUGUAAUGCCGAUAGAUGAUAUUGAUAACGAUGAGAUAUCUUCAUUGUGGCAAGAAGAUCCUAUGGAUCCUUUAGCUCUCAUUGCACCUAAUGCUGAAGAAGUGGUGAUUUUGAAAGGAAUUGAAAAAGGAGAUAUCACAGACAGUUUGGCAAAAGCUUGCAAAGAUGGUUCUGAUGACAAAAGUAAUCCAGAUGUGGUGGCAUUAGAACAAAUGAAAUUAAGUGGAAGAGAAGAUCAGACAGGAAGCAGUGAAGAUUUCAGUGGUGAAAUGACCAUUGGUAUCAGAGGAAUUCUUGGGGCUGCACAUUUGAGCGAACACUUGAAGUCUGAGAAAUCUCCUCCAAAAGAAUCUGAGUCUAUUGGUGGUGGUAUCCAUGGGCCAUGUGCUGAAUUUGGACAUCAGCACCAAGGAACUAAAGUUGGUGAAAUGGUUGGUGUAGGUGAAAAUGUUAACCCAGAAAACCUCUCUCUUUACUACAAGGACCCAAAAGGGUGCACCCAAGGUCCUUUUCCUGGAUAUGACAUCAUUGGUUGGUUCGAGGCUGGGUUUUUUGGUAUUGAUUUGCUAGUUCGUGUUGCAAGUGCUUCCUGUGAUUCUCCUUUCUUAUUACUUGGGGAUGUCAUGCCACACUUACGGGCAAAGGUAAGGGUGCCUCCAGGCUUCAGCAAUACCAAACCAAGAAGUAUGACAGAGGCCUCACAUCUAGGAUCAGUGUAUCUUGGAACAUCUGAUUAUGGAUCCAUAAACAAGAAUGGCUGUGUAACUGAAGCUGAAAAUCACUUUCUGGAGUCUCCAGUGUCUAUUAAAACCCAGAAUCCCAGAGCAGAAACUAACGUUGUUACUGGAGGUAUGAAUGAAUGCAGCCGCAGUACAUUUGGCAACCAUUUUGUUUCCGGUGAUGAGAAAGUGAAUAGGAUAAAUCAUCUUGAAGUACAGAAGGGGCUGUUAGAGAGGGAAAACACCUUACAAAUAGACGCUGAUGUCAUAUCAGUUGCAGAGUCACAAAGAAAAGAUUCAGUCCAGUCAACUUCGCACUCAAUAUUCUUCUCGCAAAUGGUUGGCCCAUCAAAUGAAGCUCUCCAACCUCAGAAUAUUAACCUGCUCGCAAUGCUGCUUCCUACAGAAAAAGGUCAAGCACCGGCUGCUAAUUCUGGAUUGUCACUUUGGUCAAAUAAUGUUGACUCUGGAAAUCUGCAAGCUGGUAUGUGUGGUAUAGAUCACAAUUCUCAGCAAAUAGGUAUUGAUGUUCAACAGCAUUACUCUUUGACACAGAAUCAACCAACUUUGGCUUGUUUGAACUCACAAAUCACACAGCCAGAAAAGUUUCUCAGUGAAAUAUCUCAUGAUCCUCAGCUGUUAAACAACAAUCAACAACAGUAUCUGCCAUCAGAGCUACACUUGCAACCCCUGAUGCCUGGAGUACCUCAACCUCAAUACUCUCUAUUGAACAACAUGCUACAGCUCAGGCAGCAGGAGCAACAGCAGCAACACAUUUCUCAGGCUCUACCUCAUGAUUGUUCCAUGCAGCAGCUUUAUGAUCCUUCCCAUGGGACAAGACAUACUUCAUUGUCAUCUAGUGACCAUAUGAAGCUUUGUCUUCAAAGAACACAAGAGAUUCUUGAACUUGCUCAGAAGUUACCUGGUCAUGGUAUGCAUGAUCUACAACUACCUAAUCAUGCAAAUGUGAAAUUGAGAGACACGGGAAUUAUUGGUUUGUCGGAAAGUUGGGCUCCUGCUCUAGCUCUACCACUGCCCCAUGAAAUGAUGGGUCAUGCAGCUUGGAAAGAAUGUUCUGCUAGUCUCACACAGGGCUCUGCAGUUGUUGAUGCUCCUUCACGGAAAGAAAGUAUUGUAGACUUGCCAUCUAAGAAAACUCUGAGUUCUGGUUCUAACGAGUAUAGCAAGGUGACUGUUUUUGAAGCUCAAGGUUUUCCUCAAUCAUGUCAAGGUCUUGCAAAAUCGGAAAGUGUCAUGUCUCAUAUCUCCAAUGAAGUUCAUGAAAUGGAAAUUUCUUCUACCCAUCCUCAUUCAUGGAAACCUACUCCAGGUGUUAGAACUAAAUCACUGUUGGAAAUUCAAGCAGAGGAACAAUUGGAAACACAGAGGGAAAUAGCCCUGGAAAAUACUAAAGUAACCACAACAGCAGCUUCAGCGUUAUCUAUACCUUGGGGUGGUUUGGCUGAAACUUCUGGGCAACAGUUUGGAGAUGAGACUAGACCUAUGUGUGAUAAAAAAAAUGUCAAUAUAUCAAAGAGUAAGAGAAGUCAGUUACAUGAUUUAUUGGCAGGAGAGGAACUGGUAAAGUCGAAUGAUAAAGAUGCUGUUAUCAUAAAUAGUGCUGAUGAUACAUCUUUUCCUCCUCUGGCACCUUCUGUUACUCAGUCUGAUGCUCAUCUUCAUGAUGGUGCUGAUUUCAUUGAGUUCAAGGGCACAAGAAAGAUAAGGAACAGGGGGGAGAAAUCCAAAGGUUCUGCAGUUAAAACCCCAGCACCACUUACAAAUGCUAUACCUGGCCCAGCUACUGACGCUGCACAGGUACGCGAAUCAUGUUCUCUGAGAAAUAUUCAGAUGGAAGAAGAACAGGAAUCAGGUAAUCUUCAGCAACUAGUACCAGCAUCAUCCCAUGCAAAACGGCCUAUGGACCAGCAUAGUCAUGGGAACAAUUCAUCCUGUCAAGGUUCUGAAUCACCUCCAUUGAGGGGUAAUGAACUCCUCAAAAUGACUUCUCAUGUUUCCAGUCACUCCACUCCUAAUUCUGAAGAGGAUCUGUUUUGGGAGCCUUGUGAGCAUGCAAAGCAAGAUAAGCCGGGACUCCAAUCACCUCCGAGCAGGGCCAGAGCUUCCAUGGUCAAUACAAGAUCUGCUGCAUUGGACAUUCAGAAGAAGGGGAAGAAAGGUAAAAAGCUGAGCUCGUCAGCUUUGGGGUUCAAUGUUCAGAGCACCCGUAUCAUGAUGGGUGAGAUCGUGCAUGCUGACGAGUAG